GCCCGCGCAGGCGCGGCGUGGGGCGGCGGUGGCGAUGGGCGGGCGGCUGGCCCGCGCGUACUGGGCUUUCAACGUGGAGAGCCGCGCCCGCCGCGAGAUCAGCAAGGAGAAGCCCACGCCCGCGCCGCGGCACCCCACUGCUCGGCUGGACGAGCUGGCCGGCCGCCCAGAGGUACAGGAAGAAAUUUACAGAAAGGACGACAGGCUCCUGACCUUGUUAAAAGAUGUUUACGUCGAGUCCAGAGAUCCACUUGUGCCGGUAAAAGAUGGAGGUGGUGAACAUCUUCCAUGUAAACAGGAGGAAAAGAGACUUACAAAAGUAGGCCACUUGGGAGAUCUAGAUGUUAAGAAAGUUACCAAAGGCAAAAUUUCCAUUGUGGAGGCUCUGAUGCUUCUUAAUAAUCAUAAACUCCGUCCUCACAUAUGGACCGCAGAGAAAAUAGCAGUGGAAUACAGCCUGGAACUGAAGGAGGUCAACUCUCUUCUGGAUUUCUUCAUUCCUUUUGCUGUGAAGGAAUUUCCUAAAGAAACCAAAAAAGCUAUAAAGCCAACAUAAAAAUAAUUACCAAACCUUCUGUCAUCUCACUCGUGUCUUAAUUUUACUCUUGGAUAUAUUCAGUGUCUGAAAAAUUGGUAAUGUGUCAUUCAACAAGGCUGCUUCCUUAUACCAGUAGGAUGUAUUCAAACAAUUCCAUUCUGUACUGGAUGGCUUCAGUUAAAUGCAGCAAUUACAAGAUACAAUUUAUAAACCAGAAUAUAACUAAUAAGUUGUAUGAGAGCAUGUCACACAAUUAUUAUUAUCUCAUUCAUAUAUUACGAGUUCAGUUCAAACACUCAAAUUCUAGUGAGAACUUUAACAGAUUGCCUUUCUUAGCAGAGACUUUCUGACCUUCAGCUAAAUCAGUGCUCUGUGUAUAUUAGCUCUGUAGUUUCAUAGUACAGUGUUCUUUCAAGGACCUGCUGUCGAGGUGUGUGUAUAUACAAACAGCUGUAUUUCUUUUGUAUAAAACUGGAAUAGUAUUUAUACUUUGUAAAGAAGGUUAACUGCAAGAUUGUUUGGGAAAUUCAGCUGUGUCAAACUUAAAAUAAAAGGGUGGUGAAUAGCAA